CGAUAUUUCUCCAUCACUAUCAGUCAUUUGUCAAAAGAAAUGUCAAAUCAGCUGUGGCUGUGAUGUGAGCUGAGCUUUGCUUUGUCCUGAAAAAAACUGAAAAUGCUUCCUGAAAAAUCCUGAAAUAUUUUAAAAACCUGAAAAAUAAACAAUCCACCAAAAAAACGAUGAGCGAACAAGAGAAAAGUCCACAAUUGGACAAUCGGAAACUAUGGAUAGGAAACUUGGAUAUCAGGGUUACCGAGUAAGUUUUAUAUUUUUAUUAUCACACCUCUAGUUUUCAUACAAAUUAUAAAAUACUAAAAUUACUAAUAUAAUGCUUUUGUUUCCUUCCUAUUGGUAUCAACUUUUGAAACUCGUCCAAACCCAUGGCACCAUUGAGAAGUUUGACUUGAUCUUUCAUAGGACAGGACCUUUAACUGGACAACCCAGAGGAUUCGCUUUCGUAACGUACGCAAAGCAUCAAGAUGCCCUUAGGGCUAAAAAUUGUUUAAAUGGCAAAUUGGUGGGCCAAAAAAAUAUCAAUGUUACUUGGGCACAUAUUGCUGAAAUUGAUUCAGAACCAACUCCUAAACCAAAACCCGAUGUAACUAUUCCUGCUUUGGCUCUGAGUAAAAACCCAAAAAAAACUGAUAAAGCCUCCCAAAUUCAAGCAAUAGAGGCAAAGCUAAAAGUAAUGGAACACAAAGAGGAAGAACUGAAAAUCAACGACUCAAUUGCUAGUAAACCAGCAGUUAUCCAACAAUUUCAAUUUAAUAAAGAUAGGAGUAGUAACAGUGUGAGGCCUUAUAGGGCCCACGAUAGGCAAAAAAAGCCUUAUAUGAGGAAAAAGAGUAGGAAUUAGGGCUUAACAAUGUGUGUCUUUGUUUUUUAACUAACAGUAUUUUUGCUUUGCAACUAUAGCCAUAUGUAUUAGAAUUCUCAAAAAAUAUGAUCUACAUUGAAUUCCACAGUUGUAGAUAUAUAACUGAUUUUUGCCUAGUCAUUUUAUUUUUAGUAUUAUGAUUUAAGAAAAAACUUGAUCUGUUUUUCUAAUAGUUAGGAAUGUUUGUGUUGUAAAUAAAAUCGUCCAAAACUA